AUGUCUGAAAAUAAAACGAAAUUUCUUCCCCGACGUAAUCCUCAUAUUUACUAUGUUCCCCGAAAACCAGAUGUUCAAAAAGGCGUUUUAUUUACUCCUAAGACCAAUCACAUUCAACCAUUACAUAAACAAAUUUAUUUUCGUCCACCACUACUCCCUGCACUCCCCACUUCACGUAAACGGGAACAAUUAAAGUCGAAUUCAAGACCAGUACAAUUAUUACCAAUUCAUAGACAAAAAGAAAAAUCAACCUCAGUACCACGAUUAAAGUAUGUUCCAUCAUCACCAUCAGCUAAAUCGACUGUACCAUCAUCACCAUCAACCGGACACAAAAUUUAUCAUUCUAAAGAGUCGGCCGAAAACCCUAGAUCAAGAUGGAAAAAAGCGUUUAAACUCGUUAAAGAAAGUAACCAAAAGAAUAAAAUUGAAACAAUAAAUCUAAAUCGAACAAAUAACGGCUAUAUCAGCAGUGAUAAUGGCUAUUCAUCAAGUAAUCGCUAUGAAAAUUCAUUACGAAUGCAUCAACGUAAACAACAACGAUACGAUGAACAAGCUAAACUAUUUGGUGAAACAUUGACUCUUGUACGGUUUGAAGAACGUUUUUUAUAUGCGAAUAUACCUCAACCAAUUAUUUAUCCUCAAAAUAUGUAUAAUUCAUUGAAUAUGAGUAAUGCAUGUGCAUGGAGACCUGCAAUGACAAGAAUGGGACCAGCUGGUGGAUGA